GGACUAGUUCGUGAAGUCCUUUAGACCGAACGCGUAAAUCAUCAUUCCCUUGAAUCUCUCUCUCUCUCUCUCUGUAAAUUUCGUCACCGUCUCCUCCAAAUCUAUCUUCGUCGCCUUCAUCUGUCCUCCUCCUCUGCUUCCAUAACAAGAGGAAACACAAAAGACAAAAAAAAAAAAAAAAAAUUGGUAUAGAAGAAGCGAUGGGACAAGCAUUUCGUAAGCUAUUCGACACAUUCUUCGGCAAUCAAGAGAUGAGGGUGGUAAUGCUGGGGCUGGAUGCAGCUGGCAAAACUACUAUUCUCUACAAACUUCACAUUGGUGAAGUUCUCUCUACUGUUCCCACCAUUGGAUUCAACGUUGAGAAAGUUGAGUACAAGAAUGUGAUGUUCACGGUUUGGGAUGUUGGUGGCCAAGAGAAACUCAGACCUCUUUGGAGGCACUACUUCAACAACACUGAUGGACUUAUAUACGUGGUAGACUCUUUGGACCGAGAGAGGCUUGGGAAAGCAAAACAAGAAUUUCAGGAGAUCAUAAAAGACCCAUUCAUGCUCAACAGUAUCAUUCUCGUCUUUGCAAACAAACAAGACAUGAGAGGAGCCAUGUCACCGAGAGAAGUAUGUGAAGGGUUAGGCUUAUUUGAUCUCAAGAACAGGAAGUGGCACAUACAAGGAACUUGUGCUCUUCGCGGGGACGGGCUUUAUGAAGGCUUGGACUGGUUAUCAUCUACCCUUAAGGAUGUCAAAGCCGCUGGAUUCACCUCCGUUGGACCCUCCUUUUAACUCUUUUCACCUGGUUGUAAAGCAGUUAUCACACAAAAAUCAGAAUCUCUAAAUACUUUUGUUAGGGAAAGAAUCCUCCUCCUCUCAUGGUGCCAACAUUACAAUAUACUGAAUUUGACUACUUUUUUUUUCCAUUUUAUUUUGGAUCAUGCUGCCAUGAGAGCGCUUUCACUGUAUAUUCUUUUGAUGAAAUUUGUUUCAUCUCUAAACGUUCCCUUUUUGGGUCAUCUUUUGUCCGAUUGAAAUUUAGUUUAUAACAUUCUUUUGAAAUCAUUA